AUGGUGAACACCGACGUAUACAUUGUUUCUGCAGUUCGUACCCCUAUGGGUAGUUUUGGCGGUAGCCUUGCUUCUGUUCCAGCUACAAAAUUGGGAUCAGUUGCCAUCAAGGCUGCUCUUGAAAAGGGGAAGAUUCAACCCUCUGACAUUCAAGAAGUUUUCAUGGGCAAUGUUUUGUCCGCUAACCUUGGUCAGAAUCCUGCUCGUCAAUGUGCUUUGGGUGCGGGAUUGAAUGUUGACACCGUUUGUACCACUGUUAACAAGGUUUGUGCUUCAGGUAUGAAGGCCGCUAUCCUUGGUACUCAGGCCAUCAUGACUGGCAAUGCAGACAUCGUGGUCGUUGGUGGCGCUGAAAGCAUGUCAAAUGUUCCUUACUACGCUACUAAGAACCGUUUCGGUUCCAAAUUUGGUAACGUCGAGCUUGUUGAUGGUCUUCUCCGUGAUGGCUUAUCGGAUGCUUAUGAUGGUCUUCCUAUGGGUAACGCUGCUGAACUUUGUGCUGAAGAGUACAAGGUUGAUCGUGCUGCUCAAGAUGAAUUUGCCAUUUCUUCUUACAAACGCGCUCAAGCCGCUCAGGCCUCUUCUGCUUUUGAUAACGAAAUUGUACCUGUCGAGGUCUUUGGCGGUCGUGGUAAGCCCAACAAGGUCAUUUCUGAAGAUGAGGAACCCAAGAACUUGAAUGAAGACAAGCUGAAGUCUACUCGUCCUGUCUUUAAGGCUGAUGGUACAGUUACUGCCGCCAACGCUUCCUCUUUGAAUGAUGGUGCUAGCGCUAUGGUUUUGGUCUCUGGUACCAAGCUCAAAGAAUUGGGAUUAAAGCCUAUAGCCAAGGUUCUUGGUUGGGGUGAGGCUGCUCAAAAUUCCGACCGCUUUACUACCUCCCCUAGUCUUGCCAUCCCCAAAGCUUUGAAGCAUGCCAAUGUUGAGUCGUCUCAAGUCGAAUAUUAUGAAAUUAAUGAAGCUUUUAGUGUUGUCGGUGUUGCCAACACAAAGAUUUUGAGUUUGAACCCUGAGCAUGUCAACAUCUUCGGCGGUGGUGUUUCUUUGGGUCAUCCUUUGGGAAGCAGUGGUUCUCGAAUCAUUGUCACUUUGUCGAAUGUGUUGGCUCAAAAGAACGCCAAGAUUGGUGUUGCUGCUGUCUGCAAUGGUGGUGGUGGUGCUUCUUCAUUUGUGAUCGAGCGCGUUUAA